AACAACCACGCCGACUGCCAACUGCCAAAGUACGUCACUUGCACUAGCACACACACUAGCAAGCUAGCUCAGCUCACUUGGCAAUGACAAUGGUGGAGGUGCUCUCGUCUGAGCUGGUCGUCCCGGCCGGGAAGACGCCGGGGGGCAGCAUCUGGCUGUCCAACCUCGACCUCGCCGGGAGGAGAGGCUACAGCCCCACGGUCUACUUCUUCCGCCCCAACGGCGACCCGAGCUUCUUCGCGGCCGACGCCAUGAAGGACAGUCUCGCAAGGGCGCUGGUCGCGUUCUACCCGCUCGCCGGCCGCCUGGGUCUCGACGGCAGCGGCCGGAUCCAGGUGGACUGCACCGGCGAGGGCGUGGCGUUCCUGACGGCCCGCUCUGAGCACUACGCGCUCGAGGAGCUGAUGAACGAGUUCGUGCCGUGCGGCGAGAUGCGUGACCUGCUCGUGCCGCCGACGCCGGCGCCGAACCCGCCGUGCGCCCUGCUGUUCGUGCAAAUCACGCGCCUACGGUGCGGAGGUGUGGUGCUCGGCCAGGCGAUGCACCACUCGAUCGUAGACGCGCGCGGCGCCGCGCAUUUCUUCGAGACCUGGGCGAGCAUCUCCCGCGGCGGAGGCGCGCCGACCAUGCCGCCGUGCUUCGACCACACGCUGCUCGCCGCGCGCCCGGCGCAGUCGCGCGCGGUGCUGUACGACCACCCAGAGUACAAGCCAGAGCCGGAGCCGGUGGACCCCGUGUCGGCCUCCACGUACGCGAGCGCCAUCAUCACGAUGACCAAGGGACAGGUGGGCGCGCUCAAGGCGCGGUGCCUCGGCUCCUCCACGUUCCGCGCCGUGGUGGCCCUGGUGUGGCAGUGCGCGUGCCGCGCCCGCGCGCUCCCGCCGGCGGCCGAGACGUGGCUCUACUCCAUGGUGGACAUGCGGGCGCGCCUGGACCCGCCGCUCCCGGCGGGGUACUUCGGCAACGCCGUGAUCCGCACGUCGGUGUCGGCCACGGUGGAGGAGGUGGUGUCGAGCCCGUUGGUCCAUGCCGCGAGGCUGGUACGCGCGGCGACGAGCCAGAGCGACGACCACGCGAGGUCACUGGUGGACUACCUGGAAGGGGUGGACACGAUGAACCUGCCCCGCAGGGGCAUCUCGCGCGCGCACCUCCGCGCCAUCAGCUGGAUGGGCAUGUCGCUCUCGGACGCCGACUUCGGGUGGGGCGCGCCGGCGUUCAUGGGACCGGCGCUCAUGUACUACAGCGGCUUCGUGUACGUGAUGAACGCGCCGGGCAAGGACGGCGCCCUUGCGCUCGUGCUGUCGCUGGAGCCCGAGAGCAUGCCUGCGUUCAGCAAGGUGUUCGCAGAUGAGCUGGCCCGCCUCGACACCAGUGUAGAAAAACCCAGUAGAGGCCUUUCAAAAAUGUAGUUACCGGCGCCUGGAGAUGGUUAUUCUCUCGAAUACUCGCCACAACUCUGGUUUGAUUAUGGCUCCUAUCUUAGUUGAAAUUGAAGAGCUUAUUAGUGAUUUUUCUCUUUUUUAAUCGAACAUGUAAUAAGUCAGCAAACUUUCCAGCGCAUCUAUGUGCCAAGCGUGCUUGCACAUUGAAUGUGACAGAAAGCUGGCUCGAAGACAACCCCGGCUUCCUCCUGACCAGCUUAUUGGCUGAUUGUCGGGAGAAUGCCUUCGUUUGAAUAAAGCUCUCUACAUUGCCUGCAAA